CUAAGAGCACUGGGAGGUGUCUGGCCUCGGCUCCUGGGAAUUUGUGGGCAAAGGUGUGUGUAUGUGGGGGGGUCAAUGCCGGCGAUCGCCGCGCGGACGGGGCCGCCAAGAGGCGCUCUCGGCCACGGUCCCGCCCCUCAGGGUCCCCGCGCCGCCCACCCGCCGGAGCAGCCCGGCAGCCCAGCGCUCCGGGCUCGGACCCCACAGUGCGGGCGGCAGCGGGGCGCCAGCGGCUCCCUCCCGGUACCUACGCGCGCGGCGGAGAGGCCCCAGGAUCACGCGCCGGCAGCGCCUAUCGCCCCCUACAGUUCCCCGAGCGCUGGCGCGCGGUGAUGACGUCAGGCGGCGCGCCGUGAGGUCAGAGGGCCAUGGCGGCGGCGGCGGAACCGUGGCAGGCUGUGGCUCCGCGGAGGAGGAGGCGCUCUGCCGCGCGGCGUCCGCGAGAGAGGGAGGCACCGGCGCGGGACCCGGAGGACGAGCCCCAGGCGGGCGGCGGAGUCGUGCUUCGUCGCAUCCGGGAGGCUGGGUCACAAGGUGUCACGUUAGCGUGUGUGUUUGGGACUUCUCUUGCUUCUUGAGGCAGGCCUGUAUCGCCAUAAACUUCCCUCUUAGGACCACUUUCGCUGCGUCUCACAAAUGUUGGGAGGACCUGCUUCUGUCUGAUUUCUGGAGUCUGGCACUAGAAACCAUCAACGGCUGUCUUACAAAACAUCUGGAACAACUGAAGGCCCCUGAGGGGACUCUUCCGGAAGCCCUUGGAAACCUGCAUCUUGACUCCUCGCCAGAUGAGGCUGCUGUGACUCCCGGCUCCAUCCCAGGGGAGUCCCCAGUCCCGGGAACCUGCCGCUUGAAGUGUGUAUGUUACGGCAUUGGGAAUUUUGCCACCUGCGUCAUAGCUAGAUACCAGCUCACGUUUUUGCUUCUCUUCCUGGAAAAGUGCCAGAUUCCCAGAAGGCACUGCUGGGUGUUCGACCCUCUGUUUAGCCAACUAGAAAUCACGGUUCUGAAUACGCUCGGUGUGACUGUUCUCAGCGAGAACGAGUAGCCCAGUCACACCCAUAGCAUCUGGCUGUGAGCUGUGGGUAGAUCGUGCGCCCUGGGGUGAAAUUGUGAGACCCGGAACAAGAUCAUCUCACCAGCAGGGGCCUGAAGCCAGUGGAGGGACACACCGCUGCAAGCCGCUUUGCUUUGCUGGGGGGAUUACAGAAUGAUCAUUUGAUCCCUGUCCGUGUUCGAAAAUGGCCAAGUCAUUAUUGUGAAAUCUGAAAAUCAGGCCCCGCUGAGAGAAGAGAAUCCUUCACCAAUGUUGGCGGGGCCAUGAAACCCUGCCCCUCCACUCACGUCAUCUUUCCUGAGUGCCUGCUCUGUGCGGGGCAAGGACUUUGGCGGGAGGCCAAGAUAGAUGCAGUCCCAGUGUCCAGGGGCCCAGGUUCCCAUCAGGGCGUGUGGCCUGUCAACAAGUACGUGGUGAGCGGAACAGAGAGGGGAAGGCACUCCGCGCCGUUUGAGGGGCUGGAGGAAGGUUUUCUGGGUCGGCGCUGGGAUUGCAAGCCCACCAGGAGUUGGCCGGAUGGACCCAGGCUGGCUCCUGCCUGUUUGUGGUGAACAGAAGGGAGGAGCGUGCAGAGCGGAGAGGCCCAGGGGAGGCAGGGCCUGCAUCCCUGCCACGGGUCCCGCUGUGGAGCCACGGUCCUCAGGAGGGGCCGUUGUGUCCCCCAGGGGACAUUUGGAAGGGACUGACUGUGAUAGGCGUCUGCAGAAAGGGACCCAGGCGGCCCGGAGGCUGACCAAGCACAGUCCAUGGGGACAGUAACCGUGGCCACCCGUCCUGCCCUUGCUGUCUCGGAACCAAAAAGCCCCUCUGCUGAAGCAGAGCUUCCUGUGUUUGUGGGGCCCACAUCUGUUCAGUAAACACAAGUUCUUUCUGGACCUCACCAUUUCCCGACUUUGGGGCCCACAUCAUCUGUGAAUUUCAGGCCACGUUAUAACCUAACUGUUGGCGAAGGAAGGGCUUUGUUUCCACGCGGUGUCGGCGUGCCUCCCUCACAGCUGCUGGUUUC